AUGGAUACGACAACAGCAGCAGACGCGGCACCAGCUCCUGCUGUUCCUUCUGUUGCCACUGCUGGAGAUGCAGCGGAUGCCGCACCAGCGGCUGCUGCAGGCGUCCACCCUACCCGCAAAUUAGCAGCAGCGGCAAAGUCUGCCCCCAGACCGUGGGGUCGAGGAGCCCUCAGCCGCAGCGGGGGUCCACUGCAGCAACAGCCUGCAGCAGCAACAGCCGGACAUAGCGGAGACUCGGGUUCGGCGACUCCCAGCAGCAGCAGCGACACUGAAGAAGAGUCUGCAGUUGCUGCGGCGCCCUGGGGCAACCGCUACCACAGCAGGAGCAGCGGUGCCCACGGGGCACCCCCCAACGACAACGGCACUCCGGCUACCCGGGGGGCACUGCGGGGAAAGAGACGCGGCAGCUUCAGGGCUCAGACGCCAGGAGCAGCAGCUGUUACUUCUCCUUCAGGUGCAGCAGCAGCAGCAGCAAAACGAGGCCGCCGCCGAAGCAGAAGCAUCAGUAACACCAGUAGCGACAAGGGAGAAGGAGACACCGGGGGGAGGGAAGCAGCAGCGGCAUGCACUCACGACGAAGACGAUGAUGCGGAGGACCAGGCAGCAGCAGCAGCAGCAGACACAGCAGCAGUAAACACAGCAGCAGCAGAAGGCAUAACACGUGGUCGGUCCCAAAGAAGAUGCCGGCGAGUGCGAAAUUACAGUCUGCUGCAUGCAGGAGGCGCAGACCCGUCCCUGGAGUUCGAGUUGUACACAGAGGCAACACUGCAGCAGCAGCAGCAGCAGCAGCAGCAGCGGGGCACCCCCGGCAGCAGCUCUAGUAGUAGCAAAGGGCUUGUCCCCGUGACAGCUGAGGCACACGCAGAGAGAUGGAGACGGUUCUAUCGGUCGCAUCAGGACCGCCUAGUUGCAUUCAAUUCCUUCUCUCCUGCUGCUGCUGCUGCGCUGCUGCUGCGGGCCCUGCCCGGCUUCGAGCUGCAGCACCAGCAAAUUUGUGUUGAGGCUGGACACGGCAGCAGACCACUGGUUCCCCACGUCUUUCUCUCCUGUUUGGAGGCAAGAUUCAAGUGCAGCGCAUCGUCCCCUCCCCCCUGUUGCUGCAGCAACAGCAGCAGCAGCAGAAGCAGCAGCAGCAGCAGGUGCGGCAACUGCUUCUGCUGUGUAGCUGCAACAGACAGCGGGAGAUUCUUGCUUUUGGAGUGCUGCAGCGAAGCAGCCUUGUCUGCUAUUGGAGGAGCAGAGAACAGUCCCUGGCCCCUCGCAGAACAAACAGAAGCAGAAGCAGCAGAUGCAGAUGCAGGUAUAUCACCAGGGGACGCGGCAGCAGCAGCAGCAGCAACCGAAGCAGCAGCAGCAGCAGCACAGGAAGCUACUACAUCCGGCUUAGUAGAGCAGGCUGAGCUGCAGCGGGAAGGAAAUAAUAGCCUUCCCUAUGAAUCCCUUUCAGCAGGAGCAGCAGCGGGCGCCAGUUCACAUCUCUCUCCAGCUCGAGCAGCAGCAGCAGCAGCAGCAGCAGCAGCAAGAGCAGCAGCUCAUGGCACUACACCAGCUGCUGCUGCUGCUGUCCCGUGUGCUGUUAAAGCCUUCUAUAGCAGCGGCGGCGAUGUUGCUGCAGCAGUGCUUCGGUACCUCCACGACAGCGGGAAGCUGGAAUUCCUGAAGCUGCAAAAAGGGACACAGUAUUUUGAAAUGCAGCAGCAACCACAGCAGCAGCAGCAGCAGCAGCAGCAGCAGCAAGGGGAACCGCAGGCAGAAGAUACCGCAUCACCUGCUGCCAGAGAUAUGGGGAGCAGCAGCACCAAUCUGAGGUUUCUUGCUACUCCUGUUUUUGCUUACACGCGGCGCAGUCCUCCUGACACCCAGCAGGAGCAGCAGCAGGGCUUUGCUUCGACGGGAGUUUCUCCAGCUGCUUCUCUCUCUCUGGGUGCCGCUUCCUCUCAAGCUACAGCAGCAGCACCAGGGGCACCAGCAGCAGCAACAGCAGCAGCAGCAGGAGCAGGAGCGUUUGCGGGCUGCGCGAAGUACGUGUUGUUGAAAAGCACCUUGGAUAGCUUUUGCUGUUUGCUGCCGCUCACGGGGUCAUUGAACUGGAAAGAUGAUCUGAGGAUACCCAGGGAUCUGGUGGACUGGUUUGACGGGCUGGCGCUGCUGCUGCAGCAGCACCAGCGUAGCCAGCAGCAUGCUGCUGCUGCUGCUGCUGCUUCGAAAGGGAGUGACGGAGACGGGGGUGCAGGACGCGGGUCUUCCUCAGAAGCUUACUCCGCUCAGUCAGAACAGCCCCAGCAGCAACAGGAGGAGGAGCAGCAGGAACAGCAGGAAAGAGAGGCGAAGCUAGAGAGGCCUGGUGUACAGAAUCAGCAGCUGACUAGGCAGCAGCGGGCAAAGGAAGAAGGGGGUGUACAGGCAGAGGCAGCAGCAGCAGCAACGGAAGCUGCAGCAGCAGCAGCAAGAGAAAACGACAGGGGCUCGGCGUCUCCUUCCCCCGCAGAGUCUGCGCGAAACUCCUUUGGGUCUUCUGGCGGCUUUUUGACGCUGCACUCCGCCACUUUCAACACGCGAUCCCCUGCGCGUUUCCUUCGUCUCGUGCGGCUUGUUCCGAGCAGCAGCAGCAGCAGCAGCAGCUCAGGGGAGAGCCGGAGCGUAGCCUUUGUCUUGGAGAAGAGACAAGACAUGUACAAAACAUACGGGGAAUUGUAUUUGGAUUUCCUGCGGGUUCUGCAAAAGGCCAAGAAGGAGCUGGGAUCGCUCGAUCCCGACAGCAUUCUUCCUCCGCAGCAGCCGCCCAAGUGGACUUCAUCUUCUCCUGAGGACAUCGAGGUGCUGCUAGAGCAGCAGCUGCAUCAGCAUCAGACCCCGCAGCAGCAGCAGCAACAGCAGCAGCAAGGGAAACGCCCCGUGCACAGGAGACGCGGCAGGCAGCCCCAUCACAACGAGUUAAUCAGCGAUGAAGAGAUGGAGGAGCACCAGCAGCAGCUCCAGAGGAGAUCAGCUAGGGGGAGGCCUCUUAGAACCAAAGCGAGGGGUGCAGCAGAGUCGCCGGGGUGGGGAGCAGCAACCACUCCCGAGUCUACUUCUGGGCUGCUAGACCUGCAGCAGCAGCACCCUCAGCAGCAAGUGCCGCAGCAGCAAAUGCCACAGCAGCAAAUGCCCCAGCAGCAGCCGCAGCAGCAGCAGCAGCAGCAGCACCAGCAGCAUCUGCAGCAACAGCGGGGCGCCGCUGCAGCACGCCGCGAUUCGGGUGGUGACCCUCUUGCUGCAUUGCGACACCGCGUUGCAGCAGCAGAGAGGAAGGGAAGAAAUGCAAGAGCAGCAGCGCAGGAGAGCCGUCAGCAGCUGUACAGCUGCUGCAAUGAGCUGCUGCACCGUCUGCAGCAGCAAGGACCGGAAGAUGAGGCGGAGAGCACGUCGGAGCGAAGAUCGAGUGAAAGGGUGCAGCAAAAGCUGCAGCAGGUGCUGCAGCAGCUGCUGCGUCAAGCCAAGGUUACCGAUCAGCUAGAGGAAGAUGCAGCAGCAGCAGCAAGACAGGCAAGAGACGAGCUGGAGCAGCAGCAACAGAAACUGCUGGGGAAAGAGAGCAGCAGCACCACUGCAACCAAUGAAGCGCUUGGGGAGAAACUCCGAAGUAUUGCAAUUUCUGCUGCUGCGCUGGCACAAGAGUGCGCCCAGCUUGCUGGCCAACAGCAGCAGCAGCAGCAAGAGCAGCGGCAGCAGCAGCAGCAGCUGCUACACGGUGAACAGCAGCAAACCCCGCGCGCUCUUUCUCCUCUGGUGAAGCGGCCUCAGUUUAGUCAUCCGUUGCCGCAUCAGCACUUGCAACAGCAGCAGCAACAGUUGCUGCUGCACCUGCAAGCAGCAAGCGCGAGAGCGGCGCUGCAGCAUGGAAUAGGAAUAUCGUUCCCGGUGUCUGAGCAAGGUCGUGCUGUUUUGCAGGCUCUGCAGCAGCAGGCUGAAAUGUACAACGUUCAGCAGCAACAGCAGCAGCAACAGCAGCAGCAACAGCAACAGCAGCAGCAACACCCCUUACUGAGUAUAGCCAGGAGCGCACUCCACGCACUGCCCGGAUAUUCCCCAUUUGCGGCGCAAGCUGCUGCUGCUUCCGCUGCUUGGCCUGUGGGGUUGCAUCAGCAGCUGGUCCAGCAACAACAGCUGCAGCAGCAGCAGCAACAACAACUGCAGCAGCAACAACAGCUGCAGCAACAACAGCACACGCAGCAGCAGCAACAGUUGCAGCACCACCAACAGCUUCUGCAGCAGCAGCAGCACCAGCUCGAAGAACAGCAGCAGCUGGAGUCGCACCAGCUAGAGCAUCCUUACGACGAUGCGCAGCAGCAGCAGCAGCAGCCUCCCCCAGCUUACCAGACGCUGCCCUUCGCUCCUCCCUCCUGA